CGCUUCACUCCGUCUCUCGCUCGGACCGUCAACGCGUUUCGCCGCGGAGGCUGAAUGAAUUAAAACGCCCUUUAUUUCUGGAUACGUGGAUCUGUUUCUGGAGCAGCAGGAGACAGGAGAGGAGAGAGUCUGAAUAUACUCGGGAGUUCACAGUGAAUGGAUGACCUGUCGGCCCCAGACCGCUGAAGCUCUCUAAAGUCAUUUCUGUGUUUUAAUGCGAGCAUCCCAGAGGAGUUUUUCUUUUCUUUUUUCUUUUUUUUUUAUGUCAUCGGGACCUUGACAUGCAACCACACACACACACAUAUAUGCACACACACUGAUGCUCAACCUCAUCCCUUUCACAGACCUGGCAGACCUCUAAUCUUUUAAAAGAUUGAUGAGGUCUUGUCCGAGUGCAGGAGGCCUGGCAAGGCGUCGAUAAGGCAGCUUUCAUUUCACCGCAUUUUAUUCCACGCGCCUUCCUUUCUUCUCAUCUUUUACUCCACGCCGAUGAGCGAGGGGGGAGCGGAUUACGACAUGUCGAGGCCUCUGGGUGAGAAGGAGGUGUGCUGAGGAGCAGGAACCAUGAAAUACCCUGAAAAGAAUGGCUCUGUUUCCUUCCGUCGCACCCCGUCGGACGGCCGCGUGGUAGCUGAGCAAGACGCCGGAGUCAGCAGGUCACCGUCAAACUGCUGGAGCUGGAAUAUAAUGAAACUACAGGAGGGGAAAACACAGCUGAGCUGAGAGUAGCUGGACGCACAUCCCCACGCCUGCACACACACACACACACACACACACACACACGAACACUCAGAGAGUCUCACACUGGACUAUGUGCAACACAAACAGGACAAUGUGCAACAUCUCCUUCUGUGAUGUGGACAGUAAGGUGGACCAGUUCUUCCAGCCCACGCUCUACAUCAUAGUCAUCGUUCUGGGGUUGCCCACUAACUGCAUGGCCCUGUGGGCUGCCUACAAGCAGGUACGUCAGCGCAAUGAGCUGGGCAUCUACCUGAUCAACCUGUCUGUGGCCGACCUCCUCUACAUCACCACCCUCCCUCUGUGGAUCGACUACUUCCUGCAGCACGAUGACUGGAUCCACGGCCAGGAGAGCUGCAAGCUGUUCGGCUUCAUCUUCUAUACUAACAUCUACGUCAGCAUCGCCUUCCUGUGCUGCAUAUCACUGGACAGGUACCUGGCCGUGGCGUACCCCAUGCGCUUCGCUAAGGUUCGACGUAUAAAGACAGCUGUCCUGGUCAGUCUCAUGGUGUGGAUCAUUGAGAUCAUUGCCAACUCUGCUCCUCUUUUCCACGAUGAGCUCUUCCAGGAUCGGUUCAACCACACGUUCUGCUUUGAAAAGUAUCCCAUGCAGGACUGGGUAGCAGGGAUGAACCUCUACCGGACGUUUCUCGGCUUCCUUGCACCGUGGACGGCCAUGCUGGUGGCCUACAGAGGGAUCCUCGUAGCGGUGCGUUGCAACGUAUCGACGGAGCGUCAAGAAAAGGCCAAAAUUCAGAGGUUGGCUUUGAGUUUGAUCCUGAUCGUUUUGUUCUGCUUUGGUCCGUACCACAUCCUCCUCCUGGUGCGUAGCGUCAUGUUCCUGAGGAAGCCGUGUGACUGCAGCUCAGAGGAGACCAUGUUUGCGGCGUAUCACGUUUCGCUGGCGCUGACCAGCCUGAACUGCGUGGCCGACCCUAUUCUGUACUGUUUCGUCAACGAGGGCGCCAGGCACGAUGUCGGCCGAGCCCUCUCAGCUUUACUGUCUGCGGCGUGCCACAGGGGUGCCUCUUCCUCGCCGUCGCACACCGACAUGCUCAACGCUGGUUCAGUGACCAUGGAAACGCCGCUGGCAGCAAAGAAACAGCCUUGCGUGUAUGCCGACGGGGCCAAGACCAGCAGCUACAAGACUGAGCUGGUGGCUUUGAAGGAGGAGUGUCUACAGAUGACCAUCCUAAGUGUCAGGAAGUGACUUGUACUUCUGAGGAGUUCAUCCCAGCAGAUGGAGGAGGAGGAGGAGGAAGAUCCUCCAGAGCCUCCAAGGGGCCGGAUUUCCUCUGGCCUGACAGAAGGAAAUCCAAAACCACUGGCAGCUGUAAGAUGUUUGUUGUAAAAGUUUCCACUGGAUGGCUUAUUAACAAGAACGAGAUCAAUGGAGAAGACAUACAGAAAAUGGAGAAACUACUUUGCUACUGUGGCUAAAUCUAAAGGUUUUAUCUUUUGGCGACCAAAUCGACUAUGACUUUCUAAUGCAGGUUUUAAAGCGACUUUAAAUAUACUUGCAUUCCAGUUCCCUAUUGCCACUCAGUUUGACUGCACAGCUGCACCGCAUGCUAAUGCUAGCAUGUUAACAGGCUGAGCUAGCCGAGGUGGACAUUAGAAGAAGACAUUUGACCUGAUGGUGCCUCUGUAUGGAAGGUAAGGGGAUCACCAGCAUCUUUCAGAACCAUCCAGUAAAUAUCCAAGUGUUGGACCAAUAAACUGAAAGAGACGUGUCGUUCACGUGAAAAAAGGACCUCGCGAGGAAAACUAUUUAAGAACUUGACUGUUUUUCUUUCUGUGCCAGUAAGCAUUAAUGAUGCCUAGAAAAAUACUCCUGAAUAUUUAAGAGGAAUUAUUUAAACAGACCACCGCCGCCUGCAUGGCUGCGUGUUGCUACUAGUCUUUGCCUUCAGUCUGCAUGAACGUCCAACUGGAUAAAGAGCAGCUAUCACAGUUUGGGUUAUGAAGAAAAAAAAAAAGAGCUGGAGGGCAAUAAGAGAAUGAAGAUUAGGUGUGUGAAACAUUCGCGAUGCUCGUUGGAAACAUCUUCAUCAUUACAUUUGUGAUUUGAAGGAAAUAACGAAGCCUUACCUCAGCGUACAAACUGUGGUAGAAAGAAGGCUCAGAGUACAAGUGUCUUUCUUUUAUAAUGUGAGCCAUGUCUUAAUGUUUUAUUUUUAUUUCUGCAAAUGAAUCUCAGUUUCCUACUCACUGAGAUUUGGUGGAAUACUGCUCUCUCUCUCUCUCUCCCUCUCUCUGCAGUAAGAAAUUGACCAAUGUCCACUACAUCGUGAAGCAGACACAUAUUUUUAUUUUUUUAAUGCGAGUCCAUACAUUUGCCUGUAAUUACGGAAACAUCUUGUGCAUGCUGGAGGAUUUUUUAUUUGCCUAGAAAGUCGUGAUUACCUUUACUGAGCCCGUAUCUAAAGCUGAAUCCAGACGACAUGCUAAAUGGGCUAAAGAUUAUCCAGAGUUGAUGUAAUGAUGUUUACAUUCCUGUUACUCACACAAGUCUUCUAACUUAAACGGUCCAGAACUUCCUGAACGAUGCAGUAUGCACUGUUGUUUUCUCUUUUUAUCAGACAACAUUUGGUUUCCCUGAGUUAGAAUUUAUUAAUUCCCUCCUUAACCCACCUGACACAUGCUGGCUGCUAAUAUUGUUUGUCAUAUAUGGGAAACAGAUAAAGAAUGAUGAGAAGGAAAUUAUUUACGGGAUAUAAGCACAAACCCAGCUCUAGUACUUUUUUCAAUGAUUUAUUUCAAUUGAUAUUUAAAAAAUUGUUGCAUGUCUCGUCCAAAUGAUGCUGAUUAUUUUUUUUAUUUCGGAAAAUAUAACUGACAGUUUCAUCUUAUUUGCCAAUAUUUGCCAUAUUUUGACAACUUUCUGGAGUCGUUAUGUCAAGUCAGAGACGUCAGAGUCUGUUUAAAAAAACCUUCUUGUCAUAUUUUAACCUUGAUUCAACAUUAAACUGAUAUUUUUUAUAAAGUAGAUCCAAUGUAAAGUUACCGAACAGUUUUCUUUUAGACUUUACAACAAAAUGGCAGCUUCUACACCAGAGUACUGUACAUGAAGUACACAUUAAAUGUCAGAAAAUACGCACUUGACGUAAUCUAUCAGAGCAUCCUCAGUCUUAAAAAAAAAAGGUUUUUCCCAUUUGCUUUUCUGCACUGUUUCAUGUUUUUCUACUAUUGGCCUGAAGGUAAUGACGAUGCAUCUGUUUACACUAUAUUCAAACAAAUAUAGCAACGGCAAAAGGAGUUUCUCCAUGUGCAGUAUUACGGCUUAUGUAAUGUAAUUCCACUCCGAUCCAGUGAUUCAGAGGAAACAGGUAUAGAUAAAGAGGUGUCCAUGUUUCAGUUUCACCUGUAGUGUGGCAAAUGUUUGGGAAACUGAUCCCAGCAGCAACAAUUUUUAAGUUUUAUUAUUUUUUUUUUUUAUCAUAAUGGCAUGAAAGCAUCGCUAAACUCAGUGUAACGAUGUGAAGUCACAUUUCUGGACACUUGCAGCUCGCUGGUGUCGCCCUAAUCUGUAGUAGCAUUGGUUCUGUCGUGCAUCUGUAUGUCCGUCUGAGAGAGGAGGCGCCAGGCUUCACCAUAUGUACUUGUUCGUCAACAGUGUCUGUGUGAAAUAAAUUAUGGAUCAUUAACUUUA